AUGGAUUCUGACCAUGAGACGCUUCUCUUUCAUACAGAAGUCCGUUGGCUGUCGAAAGGUAACAUGUUGGGAAGAUUGUACGAACACAGAGCAGAGUUAUGGUUAGGCAAAAUUGGGGAAAACAAUUAUUCUGCGUUCGCAACAUUAAAAGCACAUGUGGAGGAUAAAAAGUAUGACGCGAGUAAGGCAAACAUACAAGACAACAUCAAGAGUCAUCUGCAAAUGUUGAUUGAUGAAUUCAAUCGUUACUUUCCAGAAUAUACCGAAGCAGAAACUAAAGAUAAUCAAAAAAUUAUUCGCAACCCUUUUAGCACGGACGCUGCAAAACUCAUCCGUAGAAGCUCUUGCAUACUUAAUCCAUGCGUCACCGGCGGCACUAAUGAACAACAGUUGAAA